UUUGCAGCUAUGGUUAAUGGUUUAAUCUCUUUUUUAAAAAAAAUUGGCGCACGUUAAUGCAAAAUAGUUGUAAUUAGUUAUUUUAAUUAAUGCAAGUUGUAGAAAUUUCAAAACGUUUUUGUACAUUUUAAACAGUCGUAACUUUCAAAAUGACAAUUUACUUUAUGCUACUUUCUUGGUUAGUACUUCGGUCUAAAGUUUUAGCUGACACAUCAUCAAAGGUUUCUAUAACAGUAAUCAGAGAUCCUGAAGCAUGUUUGUUUGCACAUAACGUCAUUAGGAGCAAAUGGCAUAAUACUGCGGUGUUAGUGUGGGAUGAUGACCUUGCUUACAAUGCUGAAAAAUGGGCAAUACAUUUAGCACUAGGAAAUAUGAAACUUACACAUUCCAUGCCUCCUGGCUCCAUGAUUGACGAAAAUAAUGAACGAUAUGGAGAAAAUCUUUACUUAAUGGAAGGAAGCGUGUUACAAAGAUGCCGCGAUGCUGUGCUUUAUUGGUAUAUGGAGAGAAAAACUACAAACUAUGACUUUAACAAUAUUGUUUACAACAAUAAUGCUGGUCAUAUGCAACAACUGUUAUGGAUUCCUACAAGUAAAUUUGGAGUUGGAAUCACAACAGCGUUUGGAAAAACUUGGAUAGUAGCUCAGUAUAAACCUCCAGGGAACUCUCAAACAGAUAACUUAAACAAAUUUAUUAACAAACCAGUCAAAGCUGGGUACCCUACGUUAUCAGAUUUAACAUCAGCAAGCAAUUCUAAAGAGGUAAGUUUUGUCUUAAACUUACCUCCUGCAUCUCCAGUACCUGAAUGCAAAGAUGAUAUAAGUUAUUGUUACCAAUAUCCUGGUUGCCAAGACUCAGUUAAAAAUUGGUGUAAAAAAUCAUGCAAACUUUGCAAACCAGGAAGUAAAGUAGAUGGUGGUUGGACUGAAUGGACAAAGAUUUCAGAAUGUUCAGGCGAUAACAAGUAUGAAGAAGUUCGUUAUUGCAUGAAUCCAAUUCCAAGAGAGGGAGGUAGAGAUUGUGUUGGAGAUGACCAGCGUUAUCAUGUUUGUAGCAACUGCGAAUGUGAUGAUGUCAUUGACACUUGUGAUCAAUAUAAAAGAGCUGGUUAUUGCGAAAAGACAAUAGAUUGGGCAAAAAUAAAUUGUUGUAAAACAUGUUUUUGCGAUUCUUCAGAAACAGUUUGUCAAAAUUAUCAUGAUGAUUGUAAUGCUUUCGCUAGUCGAGGUGAUUGUGGUUCGCCGGAAUUUACAACUUGGAUGCAAGCAAACUGUGCAAAAGCUUGCCAAUUUUGUUGAAAAUAGUAAACCAUGAUUAAAAGUAUUGUAGUUUUAAUGGAAGUAUUAAAUAAAACUUUUUGCAAUA